AUGCUCCGAGACGUGAGCAAGUCGACUCUCAACAUUAUGGAAGCAGGUGCCACGGACACGUGUGGGCGCGACGGCGACGGACUCCACGACGCUCGCUCGCAGGUCGAGCCACAACACGUGGACUACGCCAUCAACGACGACUCGGUGAUACCCGACUCGGAGUGCGAGCAGGAGGUGCUCAACACGGACUACGUCGGCGGCGUGAGCAAGUCCCACAGACAGGGCCAUCAAGGGGGUGUGGUGGAAGACACCACGUUCAGCGAUCUUCUGGAAAUGAACAUCAACUUUGCCCCGGGAUCCAUGGAGGUGGGCGAGUUGCGGACGGAGGAAGUCACGCCCGAGGUGGAGGAGUGUUUUCGGGGUUUUGAGCGCCAAAUGAUGAGCCACGUGAGCCACAGCAACGUGAGCCACAGCAACGUGAGCCACAGCAACGUGAGCCACAACUCCAUGCUCGGAAGCUAUCCGAUCCAGAGCCACUGUGGAUCCAUAGGCCAGAGCCUAGGGUAUUUCGCCAGUGAGGAACUGACUGAGGUGGAAAAAGGGACCAUUCAUGAUGAGCGGGAGCAGGAACAGAAGCAAGAGCAGGAACAGAAGCAAGAGCAGGAACAGGAGGAGCAGAUGGAGGAGGGUAAUGAAGAACAGAGCAACGAACAGCCCGUGACUGAACAGUCGGAGUCUGUUAGUGGAAGCGAGGAGGGUCAGGAGGUUGAGGCAAGUGAAGCUGGUGUUCUAGCUGUCAUUGAAGAUGAAGUUGGAGAGAAUGGCGAGCCUGGUGGAGCGGGCGAUUCUUCUCAUGCCAUUGAAAUCACAUCUACUAGUCCUUCCAAGAUCGAGAUUGCUAUUGAAGAUGAAGAUGAAGGUGAAGAUGAAGAUGAAGAUGAAGAUGAAGAUGAAGGUGAGGCUGAAGUAGACGAAGAGGCAGAAGAAGUCGAAGACGAGCUAGAAGCCGAGUCAGAGACUACGCCAAAGGUUUCUGCGUCCGAAAACGAGUUCUCACACACAUCGCACUUUGAAACUCCAGCAGCUGAGACACCAAAACACGACGAGGAGGUUAUCGCAGUUGAAGCCGAUCAAGACGUGUCCAUGAUGAACGUGAGCAUGGACCGAACCAACCACGAUGUGAGCAUGGCAGAAACAACUGCAGUGGUCAACACCACUAGUGGAGAUACUACUGUCACAGACGAAGCUUCUACAGCUCUAACAGCACCCACUACACACACACAUGCAGAAGACACUGCAUCGCAGGCUACUGUUUCGCGUGAGUCGUCAGCCCAAGUUGGAGCAACUCUCGGAACAAGUGCUAAGCCCGAAGAAACAGAAGGAGAUACAACAGUCACUGUGACGGCCUCUGCUACUCCAGAGAACACAGGUAUGGACGAGGGUCCUCCUGUCCUAUCUCUCUUGGACGUAGAUGGUGAUGUCCAUAUGGAGAUGCAAGAGGCCAAUGGUGAGGUUAAUGAGCGCGAUACACAUGGGGAGGAUACACAUGAGGAGGAGGAGGAGAUGACAGGGGAGGACGGCGACGAGCUGGCAGAUGGCGAAGACUACGAUAUGGCAGGCGAAGCAGACGAGCAACCACAGAAACAGACUAUUACAGAGACUGCUCCAACAGUGUCACCGGUUGCAUCUUUCCCAGCACUUCCCAUGAACACAGCUAGACUUACUCGGGAACACAAGACGAUUCCCGGUGAGGUAACACCAGAAGCCAAAUUGAUUCCAGGUGAAGUUCCUGGUGAGAAGCGUCUCAUUCCUGGUGAGAAGCCUGUUGCCGGUUCUACGAAGAAGCCCAUCCCAGGAGAGAUUCUAUCUGCCAAACGACCUCUUCUUGACGAGACUCCCGUGUCUCGAUCAGCUCCCACUGUUGCCACAUCUAAACUCAUUCCUGGAGAGGUUCCUCGAAACACAUCAUCAUCAUCAUCUGCAUCGAAGAUUCUUCAGCCGACACCACGAGUGGCAUUGUCAAUGAAGCCUCCGGAGUCGCUGGUUUCGAGUGUUCGAGCAUCGUCUCAGCCUCCUCGUCAGCUGACUCCCAUUCCCAAUCUUUCGCAUUCCGACGCUCUUCCAGAAGACCCUACCGACCAGGCUCGACAGGCUCUGGCUCGAAAAAGACCUCUCCCCAAGCGUCCCCAGGGCCGUAAGAUCUCUCACGAGACCACUCUGGAGCUGCAGAACUUCGAGUUGUCUUGCAAGGGUCUUUCUGAUCACUAUCGGCUUCUGGACAAGGUUGGCGAGGGUACUUUCUCCUCAGUCUACCUUGCCGAAGACAUUCAUUACGACCUCAAGCGUGAAUUUGCUGCUCGGAAGAAGCAGAACCAGUCGUCCAGCCACUGGAAGUCUCCCCCUUUGAACUCCAAGAAGCGGAUUCGAUUGCUGGAGCGUUCAAACACAGAUAUCCAUCGGGGUCCACUUGUGGCCAUCAAGCGCAUCUACGUGACGUCUUCGCCCAAACGAAUUCUUAACGAAAUCAAGAUUCUUGACGCGCUCUCAGGCUACGACAAUAUAUCGCCACUGUUAAAGGUGAUGCGCCAUGAGGACCAAAUUCUCGCGGUACUGCCGUACUUUGAGCAUCAGGAUUUUCGGUCGCUGUACAAAACCGGCUCCAAGACGGACAUCCGUAUUUAUAUUACCCAGCUGUGCCAGGCCCUCAAGUUUGUGCAUUCCAAGGACAUCAUCCACCGAGACAUCAAGCCUACCAACUUCCUCUACGACCGUCACCGACGGUACGGGGUGCUGGUGGACUUUGGACUGGCAGAAGUGCAGUCAUUUUCGACGUCCAAUCCCUGUGUGUGUGUUUCUCAGGAAAACCAGAAACGUAUUUUGGGCUCGGCGUGGGAGCUCAAGCCCAAGGGCUCAUACGAGAAGAACGACGUGCGGUCUGGCCGGCGAAGCAACCGAGCAGGUACUCGAGGCUUUCGAGCCCCCGAGGUGCUGUUCAAGUGCACCUGCCAGACGACCCAGAUCGACAUGUGGUCCGUGGGCGUGAUCUUGCUGUCAUUCCUGUGCAAGACUCUGCCUUUCUUCAUGUCGCACGACGAUGCUGAUGCUCUGGUGGAGCUAUGCAGCAUUUUUGGCCGCCAGGCUAUGCACCAGACGGGUCUUCUACAUGGUGCUUUUCUUGAGCUCCAGAUCCCCAAACUGCGAAGUACAGGCCUGCCGUUUGAGCGGGUUCUGUUACAGGCUGGAUGCCCCGAGGAGUGGGCUCGAGAUCCGGUGGUGAUUGAUUUUCUCAGCAACACCAUGAAGCUGGAUCACCACCAUCGGUUUUCCGCCGAGAAGGCUUUGGCCCAUGAGUUUUGCCAGCGUGCCUAUGAGGAGGAUGAUUACGUAGACGUAUAA